CAUAUAUUCUUCUUCAGCACAUCCAUCCACCUGGUCUUGGAAAUAUCUCGUUGCGUGAAAGAUUUUUCUUGGUGCUCGAGCAGCGCGCUUCGGCAUUCUGAACCCCAGCCACCUUAAAUUAGCAUACUGAACUGAGGGCAUCCCUAGAGGGGUUGCAACCACAAGGACACGCCUCAUCAUCACCAUGGGCGACUCGUCUGUGGGCUCGGGCGCUGGCCACAAUUCGUCGAACAACCUGUUUCAGGUUUAUCUUCGUCUUCGACCACCUCCUGUUGUUGGGCUGUCCUCUGACGCCGAACGAUUCAUCAUUGUCGACCGCCCUGCAGCUGAUGCCUCUUCGACAGCACCCACCCACAUCACCCUCAGCCCCCCCAACGACCGCCGACGCGCCGUUGAGAAAUUCGCCUUCACCCACGUCUUUGAAGAGGAUGCCACCCAGCUCGACGUCUUUCAUUGUACCAAUGUCGUGCCUCUCGUAGAGGGUAUCCUCGCCCCACAUGGCAGAGAAGGCACAGACGCCCUGCUGGCAACGCUGGGUAUGACUGGAUCUGGAAAGUCGCAUACAAUGCUCGGCUCUCGGUCACAGCGCGGACUGACGCAGCUGGCUCUCGACCUCCUCUUCCGAUCUAUCGGAGACAACAUCGCCGAGGUUAACUCUGAUAGCGCACUUGAGACAUCCAUCAAAACCUCUGAUGCCUCUGAGGCAAGUAUAUCCAGCGCCACAGCCUUCAUCGAGGCCAUCUAUGGAGACGCUUCGGGCCAGGCUCAACCGCCCACCCGAGCACAGACUCCACAACUUGGCGACCACUUAGUGCCGCUGACUCCACGCCGACACCUGGCCCGACCUUCCACACUGCCUCAGGUUCCAGAUAUUAGCACCAUCAACGUUCCAUGCGAUCCUGCGGCCGAGUACAUCGUACUCAUGUCGAUGUAUGAGGUAUACAAUGACCGAAUUUUUGACCUGCUCAUGCCCCCAGUUAGAUCUUCUACUACGAAGGAGUUUCGACGAAGGCCGCUGUUGUUCAAGCCAACCGAGCUGUCGCCCGACCGAAAGGUGGUGGCUGGCCUCCGCAAGAUCAUGUGCUCGGACUUUCAUCAGGCUAUGAUGGUGCUUGAGGCUGGCCUACACGAGCGACGUGUUGCAGGUACUGUCAGCAACAGUGUCAGUUCCCGGAGCCACGGAUUCUUCUGCAUCGAAGUUAUGAAGCGGAAGAGGUCGGUCAGCAAACGACAUCGUUAUCCCUGGAGUGGCAACACCCUCACCAUUGUGGAUCUCGCCGGUAGCGAGAGGGCUCGAGAUGCAAAGACCGCAGGGGCCACGCUUGCAGAGGCGGGUAAAAUCAACGAGUCGCUGAUGUAUCUGGGCCAGUGCUUACAGAUGCAGAGCGAUAUCGGCAGUAACAGCAAGCCGAGUAUUGUGCCAUUUAGACAGUGCAAGCUCACCGAGCUGCUGUUCUCAAACUCGUUUCCAUCCUCGUCGUCGCUCAGUCAGUCUCAGAUGACACGGCGCAACCCGCAGAAAGCUGUGAUGAUCGUAACAGCGGACGCAAGUGGUGACUAUAAUGCUACAUCCCAGAUUCUCCGCUAUAGCGCCCUGGCACGAGAGGUCACGAUCCCUCGAAACCCAUCGAUCUCCGAGGCUAUGCUCCAAGUCGACAAUACAGCGGAAGGUCCAAGCACCUACGACAGUGGGGGCCCAGUUCUGUCUCCAGCUUGGGGUCUUCAUCGACCGCCUUGCCUGCUUUCUAGCACCACGACGCAGGGCCAUACCGUGGCGCGAGACUUUUCUCCCACGAGCAUGACGUCUUCGGAAGAUCGCGUCACGAUGGAGCAUGCUGCGCUCGAGAUUUCUCGACUAUCCGAAGAGACUAGGCAUCUCCGAGAGUCUCUCUUGCGCGAGCAAGAGGCACGAGCUGCCGCCGAGACGCACCUGCUUUCAAUCCAGGAUAAGAUGUUAGAGCUCGAGCAGGCAGUGCGUGAGGACUGCGUCGCCGAAUUCGAGCAGCGUCUUGCUGUAGAGCUCGCCCGGUGGAAGGCAGGCAUGCAGAUGGCAAUUGAGAGAGGCGAGGAGCACUGGGAUAGAAAGAUGGCGGUCUUCGAGAGAGGCUUGGCGGAUCACCCUGCCGAGCCCGAGGCUGUCGGAAGUGUCGAUAUGGACGCGUGUGACAACAAGGAGAACAUCCUCACAGAAUCGCUUGAGGAGGAGAAUGCAAGGCUGCGCCGUGAGGUGAUGAUCUUGAAGAGGGAGCUCGCUGGAAAGAGUCCGACCAAGCGGAUGCCCUUAAUGGAGAGAGACGACUUCACAACCAGUGCCAACGGCAGCCCUCUGUCGAUGUACACAAGGCAAGGCAACAGAAGUGAGAACAGCAGCCGAGGCAACAGCAACAGCCGCGUCGAGGGGACAGGGACACCCACGAAGAGGCUCAGAAAGCUGACAACAAGGAAGUGGGAGGGAGGCUUGGGUGUGGAGGAUGAUCCUUUCUGA